AUGCUCAACUUCUCCUUGCCAUUGCUGGUCGUGGCGCGGAAGUGGAGUCUUCUCGACGAGCCGAUGCCCGUCUUGGUGGUCAACCUGGCCUUCACUGACCUGUUGUUCGGAAUUUAUGCGGUGCUGAUCGGGGUCGUUGACCUCGUGUUUGUCCAGUCGGUGUUCUUGGAACCCUGCCUGUUCCUCCAGUACACGAGCACAUCCCUGGCCGUGGGAAUGAAAGUGGCGCACCUCGCCCUCGCAAUUGACCAGUUCAUUGCCGUGGUGUUCCCGCUGCGGUACUACGACAUCAUCACCGACAAGGUCAAGAAGCUGGUCAUGCUCACGUGGGCGACUCUGCUGCUGAAUGUGCUGUUUGGCGCCAUCGCCUUCCUGCUCGGCCUAGAGACAGUGGUUGAGUUCGACCUUCGCAUACUCAAUGUCACUAAGGUGGCCACGCACUGCCGCUGGGAGCUCAUGUCAAGCGCCUUCAUGUUCUCCCUCGAGAUGCAGCUGGUCAUGUUGUCGGCCUGUGCAGGUGCACUGUUCGUCUACACCGGAAUGAAGGGCGUGUGCCACCUCAGGCGCAUCAGGGGUGGUCGCAUCGCUGACAACAGCGGCCUCACCGAGCGCUUCAGAAUCUUCCAACGUAUCUUUAAGGUGGUGUCGAUGCUGAUCGUUCUGGACAUUAUCGCAUCGCCGUCUGCCGGCCGCCGCCCGCGCCUGCUGUCGGUCGUCGUGCAGCGUUCCUAA